UUGCAUUGUUAGUAACACUGAAGACACAACACAAACGCCACCCAACACCACAAUGAUGGAAGAACUCAGAAAUUGGGCGUUUUGGCAGGCUGUUCUAGCAGAGUUGAUUGGCAUGAUCCUCUUUAUAUUCAUCGGUAUAUCUUCUGCUAUCGGGAAUAAACAUAACUCCAUGCCUGACCAGGAGGUUAAAGUAGCGUUAGCCUUUGGUCUGGCCAUCGCCACGCUGGCCCAGAGUUUGGGCCACAUCAGUGGAGCCCACCUGAACCCAGCCAUCACCCUAGGUCUGCUGGUCAGCUGCCAGAUCAGUGUGUUCAAGGCAGUGUUCUACAUCCUGGCUCAGAUGCUGGGAGCUGUAGUAGCUAGUGCCAUAGUGUAUGGAGUCAAGCCGACAAACAUUGAUGCACUGGGAGUUAAUCACCUGAAUAAAAUAAGUGUAGGACAAGGGUUUGUCAUCGAGCUCCUGACCACCUUCCAGCUGGUCCUAUGUGUCAUAGCAGUGACUGAUAAAAGGCGUGGGGAUGUCACCGGUUCUGCCCCUCUAGCCAUCGGGCUCUCUGUUGCCCUGGGACAUCUUGCAGCAAUCAGUUUCACUGGAUGUGGCAUUAAUCCUGCUCGCUCAUUUGGGCCAGCUGUAAUCUCCAAACACUUUGGUGACCAUUGGGUGUACUGGCUGGGGCCGAUGUGUGGAGGUGUAGCAGCAGCCCUUAUCUAUGACUUCCUCCUGUAUCCUAGAAGUGAUGACUCCAGUCAGCGGUGGACUGUUCUGGUCAGUGGGCCAGACAGUGAGAAUGAUGCCCCAAAUUUUGCUUAAAAACCUUGUUUCUGCAGUCUCUGCCAGCCGCUGAAAUAUCCAUAUGUAGAAUUCAUUUAAACUGUCAGUUUGAUUUAUGCAGUUAUCUAACUUGUAUUAUUGCUGUAACAGACAUGUUGUAUUGUGUUUCUGUUCGUCCUGUGUUG